GCUGAUCUGUGCUAGCGGUGCUGCUGCUGACAGCUCCAGAGGCAGCGAAUCCUCUCCCUCGCUCAGUGAUAUGAAAGCGUCUCCUCACUACAGCUGAUUGCAAUUACACCAACAAACAACUGCCAGGCUAUCUAACAAGAACCACAACAAGCUGAUUUUUUUCCCCCCUCUAUCUCCCUUGCUAUUUUUUAUUUGUGUAAUUGCUUCUCCCUCCCCUCUUCACCCAGCACUUCCAGCCCUGGGUGUUUCAUUCAAUGCUGAUUCUUUCUCCAGCCUGAUCAGUCUAUGUUUCUCUUCUGCUUCCAAAGUAUUGGAGAGGGAGAAAAAACCAGAAGGUAGCAAGAAGGGCUGAAUUAACAGAGGCAGCUCCUUGCAAUAAGGAGAUUAUCCUAAGAACAUGUAUGCUGUGGGCUUUAUGUUAGCUUCUGUGAUGCACAUCCAGGCUCAAGGUCUGCUAUCUGCAGAGUUAAAUGGCAUCAGCAACAAGGCAACUGGGAGCUGGGAUACAAAAAUGGAUUCUACUUCAACCACCAUAGGAGAGGGUUUAGAAGGAGAAGUUCCAUAUAUUACCACUGCACCAACUAUGACAUUAUUGAACCACCAUCCAUUUUUGGAGGGGAUACUGCAUGAGGCUAUAAUGAAGAAAGACUUUCAGUACCUGCCGCCUUUUUUUACCAGAUCAAAACCAGCAGAUAACACUUACCUAAGGAACAAACUGUCUGAAAUAAAAACCACAGAUUUGGAUAAUUUAGUGCAUUCUGACCAUGCUCCUACAUACCAUGAUUCGUCUACACCUACCCUGCCACUUCUUCCUUUAACUAUGGUUAUGGAUACAACAUCUGUUAUCACUGAGAAGGGGAAAGAGUUGAGUCAACUACAAGAAUCCAUGAGGUCAGCUCCAACUCCAGGCUCACUGCCCACAUAUGCUUCUCAUGGUGCACUCUUCACAGAGAAGAGUAAGACUGUUUUGAAUGUCCACCAAGCUUUAAGCCAUGUGGAACCCUCCUCACUCCAUAGUAUGGCUUCUACUCAUUCACAAUAUUCACUUCGGAGGGAAGAUAACAGUUCCCCGGCUAAGUUUGUUCCAAGUGGAAGUCCAACAAGCAUUCCAUUAGCUCCAAAGAGAACGAAGGUAAAGAAGGUCACCGUUACCGCAGCAGCUUCAGCAGUUCCUUCAUUUGAAGAGGAGGAAGAAACUACAACAAGCACAAUUAUUACAACAACAGUCACGACGACAGUAGCAACACCAGAACCGUGCAACAAAAACUUUACUGCUCCUGAAGGCAUUAUCUUAUCACCUACUUCCAGAAGUUCUCUGUAUAAUUCUGGCUUGGAAUGCGUUUAUAUUAUCCAUGUAUUUUCUGGCUACGGCGUAGAAAUGAAGGUAGAAAAUAUCAGUUUAUCGGAAGGCGAGACAGUAACCAUAGAAAGCCUGGAAGGAGUGGAGCCUGUGAUACUAGCGAACGAAUCUUUCCUUAUGAGAGGUCAAGUGAUACGCAGCCCAACAAAUCAAGUCAUGAUUCACUUCCAGAGUUUGCAGCACAUCAAUCAUGGCAGCUUCCGGUUCCAUUAUCAAGCUUACCUCCUUAGCUGCGGCUUCCCACGUAGACCUGCUUAUGGAGAUGUGUCCGUAACAAGCCUGCACCCGGGAGGUGAAGCGUAUUUUUAUUGUAAUACCGGCUACCAGCUCCGCGGACCCCAUAUACUAACAUGCUUGAAUGCGACAAGGCCAUUCUGGAACAAUCGUGCUCCCCAAUGUGAAGCUGCCUGUGGGGGACUUAUUCGAAACAUUACCACUGGCCGACUUGUUUCACCAAAUUUCCCAGGAAAUUACAGCAAUAAUUUGACCUGCCAUUGGGUGCUAGAAGCCCCACCUGCACAACGUCUGCAUCUCCACUUUGAGAAAGUCUCACUUGCUGAAGAUGAUGACAGGCUCAUCAUCCGUGAUGGAAACACCAUAGAUUCUCCUCCGAUCUAUGACUCUUAUGAAGUGGAAUAUCUUCCUAUUGAAGGUCUGCUCAGUAGUGCUCGGCACUUUUUUAUUGAAUUGACUACUGACAGUAGCGGAAGUUCCACUGGGGUAGCUCUUCGUUAUCAAGCUUAUGAACAAGGUCACUGUUAUGAACCUUUUGUUAAAUAUGGGAACUUCACGAGCAAUGACCCAUUCUUUGCUGUGGGUACAGUGGUGGAGUUCACAUGUGAUGCGGGAUACACCUUGGAGCAAGGUUCUACUAUUAUUGAGUGCCAAGACUCUGCCGACCCCCAGUGGAAUGAGACAGAACCAGCAUGCAGAGCUGUUUGUAGUGGGGAGAUUACAGACUCGGCUGGAGUAGUGUUGUCACCCAACUGGCCUGAAGCAUACGGGAAGGGGCAGGACUGCAUUUGGGGUAUUCAUGUCGAGGAAGAGAAGAGAAUCUUACUUGAUAUACAAGUCCUGAACAUUGGCAAGACCGAUGUUCUGACUUUUUACGAUGGAGAUGACUUGACGGCCCGUGUCCUAGGUCGCUACACAGGGACACAUAGUCAUUUCAAACUCUACACCUCUAUGGCGGAUGUCAUCAUACAGUUCCAGACAGACCCAGGCAGCAGUGUUUUUGGAUACCAACAGGGCUUCAUCAUCCACUUUUUUGAGGUUCAGAGGAAUGAUACUUGCCCUGAAUUACCAGAAAUCCCCAAUGGGUGGAAAACAACAUCACAGUCGGAGCUUGUCCAUGGAACCGUAGUGACCUACCAGUGCUACCCAGGAUAUGAGAUUACAGGAGCUGAGCUUCUCAUGUGUCAAUGGGACCUAACAUGGAGUGGAGAUCUGCCUGCAUGUGAAAGGGUUACAACCUGUUCAGACCCCGGUGACAUUACUCACAGUCGAAGGAUCCUCUCUAACUCGAAGUUCCUGGUUGGAAGCACAGUGCGCUACGUGUGUGACAAAGGAUAUAUUCUCACAGGGAGCAGUACUAUCACCUGUUAUAACCGUCAGGCUGGCGUGCCAAAGUGGAGUGACCGCACUCCAAAAUGUGUCCCGGAGAAAUACGAGCCAUGUGUUAAUCCGGGUGUUCCAGAAAACGGCCACCAAGAACCAGAGAAAAGGAUGUACCAACCCGGAGAUGCUCUCAGGUUUUCAUGCAUGACUGGAUUUAUGUUAAUGGGAGAGCACAGCAUAAAAUGUAUCCCAGGCCAUCCUUCGCAGUGGAGCACCACGCCACCCAUCUGCAAAGCUUCCUAUAAGGAGUUUUAUAGUGAUCAGAGCGUUGAAGCCGUGGAAAAGGCAGCAGCUUCUGGCAUACCCAUAGAAGGCACCCACGUCUUGUUGGCAAUUUUUGUUCCGGUCAUUAUGGUCGCUCUUGUCAUUGCAGCUAUUUACUUGUAUUUCUCUAAACUUCAAGGAAAAUCUUCACUUCGGCUCCCACUUUCAUCUUCGACACCAUACGAUCAAGUAACUGUGGAAUCCGCAUUUGACAAUCCUACUUUUGAGAAUGGGAUGCACGAGCGUGUAUGGACGCGCCCGGAGCAUCAUGGGUCAGUGAUGCUACCCUGGACAAGGAAGAGCUUUAGAGGACACAAGGGAGUACGAAGUGUCCAUAUAGAGGAGUUGAAGUAUUGAAGAUCAGCUUAAGUCCUGGUGGGAGAAACCUAGGAAGGGACAGAACUUUCAUACUGCAAACCCGUGAGAAAGACGUUUGUCAAUGCCUCGCAUAUCUUGCCCUUUCAAAUGGAUGAUCUGGACACCUUAAUCCCAGGAAGUACACAGACCAACAGACCAUCUUAAGUGCUGGCACAACUGUUGUUAACACCGCAGCCAGCUGACUCAAUACGAAAUUCCCAGUUCUACCAUCUUGUCCAGUUUCUGCAGCUGUUCUAUUCCCCUUGUCAUAUGUUCUAACGUCUGUGCAAAACCUGGAUUCUUACUCCAUAGUUCAAGAAAAGACUUAGUAACACACCACAUGUCCUAACUACAUAAAUAAAAACAUAAUGAGCCACAUAUAUUAAGGUAACCAGGUAUAGCUUUUACAGCAGAGAAAGAUAUGGGAAAUAUAUAUUACAAAUCUGCAUUUAAAUAGACACUGCUACUGUAGUAGGUGUAUAAUUUAUUAAAAAUAUCCCAUGUAAAAGAAAAAAAUCUCAUCACCUUAGUGAAAAGACACAAGCUCAAAGAAGUAUUGUUAAACAUUAUUGAGAUGCAACUUCAUGAAAAUGAUAUAGAAGAUGCAGCAAAUGCCAUUCUGAAAGAUAUCUCUCAAAAAGAUGUAAUUGCAGAGAACUACGUAGAUUAAACAAAAACUAUAAUUAAUUUUGAACUCUCUUUAGUUAAGUUACUUACAUGAAAAUAGAAUGUGGAAGUCACGUAAGCAGUAAAUAAAAAAAGAUAAAAAUCUUUGUUAAAAACAUAUUUUAUCCCUGUAUACCAUCACGAUAUGCUCCAGUGCCCUAGUCACUUGCUAGCCCACCAUGGCUAUGCACGUCUUGUGAUGAUAUCUUUUCAUGCCUGUUUGUGCUUAUUUAUGUGUGUUUUUAUAGAAACUUUUACCAGUGAUAAUAGCAAAAUCUUCUGACAUAACUAGAUAGCAAAAACAGGCACGUAGCUUUUUUUUACGGGUAAACGUCACUGUGCUAAUGCAUAUGUGUGCAAGAACAGGCAGGAAUCAGAUAAUAUUGCAAGGUAUGUGUAGGAAACGUGAAUUGACUGGACGAUUAGGCUGAAUUCUACGGUACACUCUAGUCUAAAGUAGUCAUGUAAGCAAUGCAACUAAAGACGGUUGGAAAGUCUAUUACGAUUUAAGUCUAAUAGUGCUCAACGUACUUUAUAGAGCAAUGUUGCUCUUUUGAAAAGAAGGUUUGUGUGCAUGUUGGUGCAAGUUUGAUACUGAUGCACAUUACUCCUAUUGCCCUUUGAUAUGUGUUUAGUAGUUAUACAUACGAAUUUAUAUAUUUCUUUAUACUAUGUGCAGUUGGCGCUCUCAUAUAAUCCAUUGGUGGACAACCAGAUUAUCUGCAACUUUUGUUAUACUACAGUCCAAUGCCAUCCUCUUCCAGAUAUUAAUACAUUUCAUCCACAGUUUGAGAACCAUAGACUGAAUUCCCCCAGUACAGAAUAAGCAAGUAUCUGAUAUAUUUAUUGUGUCUAGUAAGAAGCGAUAUGUUGGUGAGUGAAAUCCUAAAUUAGAGCUUGAGCAGCUACAUUUUCAUUCUCGAAGAUCUCUUGGAAAAUCCAGCCAUUAACUCUAAUCUCUAUCCCUCUCUAACUGCACUUUAACUACUCGUAGGGUUAUUCACCAAAAUGAGAAUUCAAAGGAAAUUUAAAAUUUGAAGGUCAAAAAACCAAGGUGGAAAAAUUCUAGAAGUCUACAAUGCUUCCAUUUUUGUUACUCUGGCCUUAAAUUUGACAUUCACUUUUAAUUCUCACUUUGGUAAUUCGCCCUGUGAGUAUUUGUUUGCAGAUGUAUUUAUAAUUUGGCAGGAUUUGUUUAAGAAAAGAAGGUCACAAACAUGGCCACACUUUAAAAAGUAAAAGGAGACAUAAUUAAUUUAGGAUAGUACUAAACAAUGCCCAGGUAUAGACCCGGCUGAUCGCAGUUGGCAGUAGUAGUAGAAAUGAAUCUAUUUUUUAUCUACAUAUAGUAUUAGCCAUAUGCACA